GUCUUGUUCAAGUCAUCCACAUGCCUUUUGUGGCUAUUUGAUUUCCAAAUCCCAAUUCCCAGGUGCCAUUUUCAAGGGGAAAAAAAAAUGAUCAAAGCACUUAUUUUUCUGCUCCAGCUCGCCUUCAUCUUUAUCCUCUCAGAAGCCAAAUCUUCCGGCUUGCAGCCCCAAGCUGCCAAAUCCUUCAACAUAAGCUAUCUCCAGAGUGCAACAAGCUGUUCUUACACGGUUGUUAUCACAACAAGCUGUUCCUCACCGAGAAACACGCGAGACCAGAUCAGUAUUUCUUUUGGUGACGCUUACGGCAAUCAGGUUUAUGCACCAAGGCUGGAUGAUCCAUCUUCGAGGGCCUUUGAACGAUGUUCAUCAGAUACGUUUCAGAUAUAUGGACCGUGCGCCUACCAGAUCUGUUAUGUGUAUCUUUAUCGUACUGGACCAGAUGGUUGGAAGCCUGAAGGUGUGAAAAUCUAUGGCUAUAAUACUAGAGCUGUUACCUUUACCUACAACACCUAUAUCCCCAGUGAUAUUUGGUAUGGAUUUAAUUUGUGCCAGAAUACUUCUUCUUCUCAUCAACUCUCUAGCUGGAAGUGGUUCAUGUAUGUAAUAAUAGGGCUUCUAUUCUUAGUGCUCUAAUUUCAACUUGUAUUUACCUUUUGCUCUUGAAUUUACUCAUGGUACUUUUCCUGGUAAGGUAUGUAAUGUUUACUCAUUAUCAAUGAUAGUAAAGAGAAUACUAGAGUCCUUACUGUUUGUGAUAUUU